AUGGGGCGUGUGAAGUAUACUGUUCACAGAAAGAAGAGAACAGCAAAUUCUCCUUCUAACCAGCCUGCCCCUCACACCGAGGAGCCUUCUACAAAUCCCAAACCUGUAAACACUGUACCACUCGAAAUCCAAACUAAAGCCCAACCUCGCGACGACCUAUGCCAGAGGUCGAAUGACAUGCCUUCCAACGACGCAUUUGAUCUGUACAGCCAACCCAAAACCACUGCUCCUGCGAGCAGGAAGAAGGGAAGCAAGCGGCAUCCUGGGGAAAGCAGUAGCGAUCCCUCAAAGAAAAGGGUCAUGACUAAGGAUCCUCCUACACCCAUUCCUUCCAAAGAAACUACUCAUCCACCAGCUCCCGUCGACCAGACUCCUCCACCAGCUUCCGUCGACCCAACGCCUCCUGACCAGCAGGAAAAACUCAGGCCGAGGCUGUUUUGA